AUGAAUAGUCCUGAUGUCAGCUAUCCACUGGAAGACACCGAGAAUACUCUCUUCGAUAAGGCGACAGUUAUUGACGCACCUGACGCUGAUGAUGAGCAGCCAGAAACUGGGGCCGAUAUUGCAAUUGCCAUGGCAACAGCGGGUCAUUUCAAAACUGCAGCUGCUGUACCUAAUCCAUUCACGGUCGAAGAUUGUAAUGAGCAAGAAGCACAACAGCUUGACUGUUACCCACCUUCGUAUCAUGGGCUACUACUGCAGCUUCAACCUGGUGUGUAUUACUACAUGUGUUCGCGUAACAACAAUUUCACCAACAGAAACCAAAAAGCCAGCAUUACAGUGGUCGAAGAAUAG